UGCUUCCCCGUAUAAACCACCCUCGAUCAGACGGUCAGGCUGGCAUGUUGUAGUUCUCUACCGGUCCACAGCAUAACAUCGAGGUGAGAUUUUCUUACUGUAUCGGAUCAAAGCCGUUAAGCACUAAAUACACACAGUGUGUAAGAUGGUGUGAGUCGACGUCACGUUGAUACAAAAACGUCUUCUCUAUCGCACAGGGACCCUUUAUCAGCAAGGGAUUUGUUUAAGUGAUACAAAACAACACGUGCAGUUUGUUGUUUCAUGUGGGAAGGCUGAUUCACAUCCGGAGAUAUUAAGUUCGGUUUUAUCGGAACAACAAGUAAAUCUGCAGCCAUGAAGGUUUAUAACUUGUGUUUUUUGUGUUGGAGUUGUGUCAUUGUGUUUAGUGACCUUCAGCUCUUCGUUCAGCACAAAUGAAACGGUGUCGAACUCUACCGUGGACUCAGAAGUCAAGUCGGACUAUGAUGAUGUUGUUGUGGAGGCUGGUGACGCCGCGGGAGACACGGGGGACAUGACCCCCGAGGAGGUGAAUGAGUUGACUCCCGAGGACGAGGACAUGGAGACGCUGAAGAUCGAGGAGCUGGGAGGACUGAUUGACGCCAAGGACAUGGUGGACAAUGAAGAGGAGACGAUAGAGGACAUGGAGGUGGAGGACAUUCCAGAGGACAAGGAGGACCUGAGGUUCGAACCCAUUCCAAUGCCCACGGACUUUGACAGUUAUGACCGUGACGGGGAUGGAUUUAUCGUGAUGAAGGAGCUGAUUGAGGUGACGGGGGCGUUUGAGAAUGUAGCAGAAGCAUUCAAAGCCUGUGAUACCAAUGGUGAUGAGCGAAUAGACCGGGCAGAGUUCAGGGACGCGCCGUGGGACUUGUCAGGGAAACGACCGGAAGUUGUGAUCGAAGACAUCAACUGACCUUGACAUUGUGUUCUUUUGUCAAAAUAAUGUCACGUGACGAUCUCACUGAGCGACACUGUGUGAUUGGCGGGGUUUGCGACGACAUUGCACGUGCACACGUGCUCUGGAGAGUGUGUCAUAAGUGUAUUGUGGACUAUUUAAAGAUUCAGUUCUUUACGCUUCCUAACCUGUUUGAUGCAGACAUUUUGUAGAACAAAACCCGCAAUAAGAACAGACACAGGUACGAAGCAAGUGUUGGAUUGUGUAGGGACAGGUUUGACUAUACAGGCCAUACCUUGGAUCUAUAUUAAACUGGACUCACUGUCGGACGUUCUGUGAUAGCCUGUUUUCGUCUGUUCUCGCUCUGGGUAUGAAUAAGUCAUGUGUUACUGAAAAUAGAUCGAUUAAACACGACUGGUCUAUUUUCAGUUGGUUUGCAAUUAUUGACUUUUAUUCAAGAAUCAAAAUAUUUGUCAAUAUCGGCGUCUUCUAACAUGAGAAGUGUACACAAAAUGAAUUUUAUCGAACAAUUGGCAACUUAAGAUGAGAUACCAAACUAAAUCAAAACGAACAUUAGUGAACCAGUUUUCUCUUUCUAUUUGAAACGCACCAGCGUGAGGAAUAACGUCUCCCCAGUUGGAUACUGUGAGCUGUCUCACAGCUCCUCCCAGCCUCACGACGCUGGCCACGAACCGAUGGCGUCUGUUCUCUUUGUGUCUCUGACAGUAUAACUGUCCAGGGCAAGGUAAUUAUUUUGGACCCCUCAUUGGGCGACCUGUGUGCAUUUCCUCCUUGUCAUGUUAUCCUGUUUCGUAAAACAUAUGCAGGCUGUACUUUUCCCUUUCUUUUACACUCUCAUUACCAUAGAAUAGUAAUUACAUAAAAGGCGAUUCUUGUUUCUAUGACAAAGUUGCAGUCGGUGUUCUGAGACUGCAUAUUUGGCUAAAUCUGUGAAUCUUUAGUCUUAGUAUGCGCAGUGAAACAGCGUUUUUCUGUAUGACCCGCAAUACAUAUGAUUAAGGUUUCCAGUGUUAAUUAAUAUUCAAUAUACCGUACAUUAUUGCGCUUAUUGACACUCGUUAAUUCGGACAAUAUCACUGGGGUACAAUACCGUCCGGAUUAACGGGGUUUCACUGUAAAUGGUUACAGCCCUGUUCUCACAGACCUGCUUGUUUGAACAGAGGAACGUUGUUUAUCGUGAAUGGUCAUUCAUCAGUAAAACUGUCCGGAUAAGCAGGUCCCAAAGUAAAGGAUACUCUUAGUAAAGUAAUAUUUGUGUAAAUAGAUGUUCCAAACGGUUUACGUCAACAGAGCGUGGUUUCGUGAUAUUAUGAAUAUGUAGAUGCACUGUCAUAAAAUAACUUAUUACCUGAUGAUGGUGUAUCUAUGUAACGUAUUACCUAAUGAUGGUGUAUCUAUGUAACCAUGUAACUAUCUAUGUAUCUGUGUGUCGUGUACAGUUUUCACGAACUGUUUAUAAACAUGCUGAUAUAGAGGUAAUUUAAGUUAUAUUUUUAACUAAUCAUAAGAAUGUAAUCGAUAGAUCGCUUGAAACAUCAUAUAUAAACUCACAGCGCAAGUUCAGCGGGUAAAUACACGUAGCUGCUCAACAGCUGCCUGGCUGUUUCGACGUAGCUGUUUCGCGUCUUCAAAGAAGCAUAUUUUAUACAUUAAUGUGCAAACAAUGCGACACGUACAACCUUUUUCAUUUUUUUACACAUACAUCCCCUUUAAAUAGAAUCUAUACAGCAAAUCCAUUUAUACGGCACCAAUCUCGCAUUAUCUUAAUGUUGAUAUAAUUAUUAUAUAAUGCUGCUUGCAAGUGGUUCCCAUGUUCGUUGGUAAGGCAGAACUUGUUACAUCUCUUACUACAUUGUGACAUGGGCACCGGUGAAGCUAGUCCUUCUUGAAGGUGUGAUCUGUAGUUAGUUAAGAAAUAAACAUGUUUGAUUUGU